CGCUGAUUGGCUGGGCGCUGUUUCCGGUGAGGGGAGAGGAAGAGACGGAGCUGGGCCUGAGGCAGCGGGAGAGACUGGGGGACACAGCCGGGAGCCCGGGAUACAGAGCGCACACAGCCCGGCAUUGGCACCGACAUGGCGUCAGGCAGCACCGGGGGGGAGGAGGAGCGCAGCCUGCGCGAGUGUGAGCAGUAUGUGCACAAACACAACAUCCAGCAGCUGCUGAAGGACUGUAUCGUGCAGCUCUGCACCGUGCGGCCCGCCUGCCCCAUGGCCUUCCUCAGGGAGUACUUCGAGCGGCUCGAGAAGGAGGAGGCGCGUCAGACAUUAAACCAGCAGAAAUCUGGCUCCCGUUCGGAUUCCCGCGAGGAUGAGAUUUCCCCUCCCCCGCACAUGAAUUCUGUGGUUAAAGGCAGGAGACGUCGGGGGGCCAUCAGCGCCGAGGUGUAUACGGAGGAGGAUGCCGCCUCGUACGUCCGCAAGGUUAUCCCUAAAGAUUACAAGACUAUGGCGGCUCUGGCCAAAGCCAUUGAGAAGAACGUGCUGUUUGCCCAUCUGGAUGAUAAUGAGAGAAGUGAUAUCUUUGACGCAAUGUUCUCGGUUACAUACAUCGCCGGAGAGACCGUCAUACAACAAGGUGACGAAGGCGAUAACUUCUAUGUGGUUGACCAGGGUGAAAUGGAUGUGUACGUGAACAACGAUUGGAUGACCAGCAUCGGAGAGGGAGGAAGCUUUGGGGAGCUGGCUCUGAUUUACGGGACUCCCCGAGCUGCAACUGUGAAAGCCAAAACGAAUGUGAAGCUGUGGGGCAUAGACCGCGACAGUUACAGGAGAAUCCUUAUGGGGAGCACACUGAGGAAGAGGAAGAUGUAUGAAGAAUUCCUGAGCAAGGUGUCGAUUCUAGAAUCCCUGGAUAAGUGGGAGCGGCUGACUGUGGCCGACGCCCUGGAGCCGGUGCAGUUUGAGGAUGGGCAGAAGAUUGUGGUGCAGGGAGAGCCCGGAGACGAGUUCUUCAUCAUAUUAGAGGGCUCGGCCGCAGUCCUGCAGCGCCGCUCGGAGAACGAGGAAUUCGUAGAGGUUGGGCGCUUGGGCCCCUCCGAUUACUUUGGUGAAAUUGCCCUGCUGAUGAACCGGCCACGAGCAGCCACUGUGGUCGCCCGCGGGCCCCUCAAGUGCGUCAAACUGGACCGCCCGCGCUUCGAGCGAGUCCUGGGGCCCUGCUCCGACAUCCUGAAGCGGAACAUCCAGCAGUACAACAGCUUCGUGUCACUGUCCGUCUGAGUCGCCUUCCCCCUCCCAAGCCAUAUUGGGACCCCCCGUUUCUCCUCCACUCGAGUUACACCACGCGGCUUCCCCUGCGCACAUCGCUCCCCUCACAGCGGAACAGCAGCUGCCAAACGCUUCACAUCGGCGACUUUUUAUUCUUUAAGGAACUAUUUUUGUAUUUCCCCUUUAAAUCUGUCGCUGCCACAGACGUCUCUCUCUCUCUUUAUGGAAAUGGAAAUGCGUCCCACACAGAGCAGAAGUGAGUGCGCUACUGGGGGGCUAAGCCUUGGCGCUACUGGGGGUUAGCUCUUGGCGAUUGUGGCUGAUCCAGUGCUACUGGGGGGCUAAGUCCUGGCAAUUGUGGCUGAUACAGUGCUUUUGGGGGGGGGGGGGGGGGGGGUUGGUUAAGCCUUGGCGUUUGUGGCUGAUCCAGCGCUACUGGGGGGUUAAGUCUUGGUGAUUGCAGCUGACCCAGCGCUACUGGGGGGGGCUAAGUCUUGGCGAAUGUGGCUGACCCAGCGCUACUGGGGGGGGGGGUUAAGUCUUGGUGACUGUGGCUGACCCAGUGCUACUGGGGGGGUUAAGUCUUGGUGACUGUGGCUGACCCAGUGCUUCUGGAGGGCGGGGCCUAAGUCUUGUCAAUUGCGGCUGA